UUGCCAGGAUCCGGGAUCCGGCAUUGAAGAAAUUGUGAGCAAUGGAUCCCUCCCCGAAUCGAUCGACCGUUGAUUGAUCGGAUCGAACCAUAAAAAUUCCCACGGCUGUGAAGUGAGUGCUCCACUGGAGCGUAAAUCACCGCGCCCUCGUGAGUGACCAAAUGGCGCGAUCCAACUGGACAAAGCGAGAUCACCGGAGGAACCGAUCGGGAGAGUAUCGAUCUCGCUCCAGCAAUGGGAUCGCGUGGCGGCGGCGGCUCGCGGAUUGAUCCACACGGACCGCGGUGGUACGAUCAUCCGUUCGUUUCUUUUCGUCGUGCGCUGGGUGCUGUGGCGUGCGAGUAGAACAACCGGUUUCUUCACCUCUAGUGCGCGGCGAGAGAGAUCGCGUAUCCAGGAGACCUGGGCAAGCACGUUUCGCUGGUCGCCACACUUGAUCAGUACUCGUUGGGAACGUCUCGCGGUACGUUGCGUUCGGGGUUUCGCGCUUGCCGCGUAUGUGAGUGUACCGUAUUGAUCUUGAACCACGGAUAGAUAGAAAGGGAAUUCCCUUCCGGACGAGGACGACGACGGGUUUUGUGUGACUUACCGGCAAUUGUGUGUGAUUAUGCGCCGGGUGAUCAACGUUUGCAUAGAGUGAAAUGAGUGAGUUUCUCCGCGUUCAAUGGGGAUAAGAAUGUGCCACCAAAGUGCGAUGUUCCGGAUUUGACGAGAUCAACGAUCGAUGAUCUAGAUUCAUCAGUGUGCGAGAUUCAGUGGAGGCACGAAGAAGGGUAGACCAGUACGUGGAUGCAGCUGCUGAAGCCAGUGUUCUGAUUUUCCGGAUGCCCCGUAAUGUUGACCUAGGCGAUUAGCAGGUCUGAUCUCCUCCGGCAGAAGUGUUAGUUCAGUUAGUGCUCCGGUACAAAUGUGUCAAAAAACAAGAAGAUACGUGCCCCGGGCCUCGGGAGAUCGAUCGAGAGUAAAACAAACAGAAGCGGUGCAGCACUUCUUGGCGCGGGUUUUGUUUUCUUCCUGUUGAACCCCGGAGUCUCUACAUGGGCUGUUGUUUACCCGGUCGGUGGUGGUGAGUGUGGGGAGCCGCGAAGAUUUGCUGUUAAUGAUGUGUGUUUGGAACAGAUCUACGGUAGCUGAUGGUUGUUGCUGAACUAGAUGGUACGUGCUAGGACCGGUGUUAGGAAGUCUUGGCGCACGGGAUAAUGGUGGAUGUGUUCCAGUUUUAGGAGACCCCGCGAAAAGUUUGUGUGUGUAGUUCGUGGAACUUGGAGAAACAGGGGAUGCUACGGUUGUGAAUCUGAUUAGUGCGAAAACUAGCUAAUGAACGCGGAAACACUCGCGGUGCAAAGUGGAGCUUAUGAAUUGGAACAACUCUGUUUGACCAUAGGUGAUUAGCAUCCGGGAAAACUGUUGAAGUGCAGAGGAUUUGGAAACAGUGCAAGCUACAUAACGACCACCUCCUACCGAGAGGGAAAUACUAGAGCACAGCCCCCACGACGACGCGACGUCCGGGCGGGACGUGUCAUCGUCAACGAAGAAAACAUCGUCCCGCGGAUGAUGUUCGGAGGGAAGCUGUACAACACCCCCGUAACCUUCUGAAACACCACAAAUAUAGAACGGUGGCAACGGUGGUUUAACGUGUGUGCAACCAGCUAACGAAAGUGGAUUAGAGGAUUGGAGGUUGUGAUCCCGCAAACAAAUUGUGUACCGUCGGUAGAAAUCGGGUUCGUCGCUUGAUGGUAAUGUCGCGUCGAUGUCAUUUGAAUAAGAAGAACGUCUCCUCUAGUGAACGUUGUGUGAAUUUGUGAGAGAAUAGUUCCAUUUUUACACGUGGAAACUUUCGGAAAAACUAACGAGAUUCAUGAGAUCGGAGUACACGGAACAAGGCGGGGAGCGGUACACUUCCAGGAUAUCGGCAGUAGGAGGACAGCAAUCGAACUUCAAAAUGUUCACUAGAUUCGACGCCAACAAAUCAACCAAAGGAGCCUCCAAGCUGCGCCGGGAUCUGAUCAACUCGGAGAUCGCCAACCUGAGGGAUCUGCUGCCGUUGCCGCAGUCGACCCGGCAGCGCCUCUCGCAGCUGCAGCUGAUGGCACUCGUUUGUGUCUACGUGCGAAAGGCUAAUUACUUUCAGCAAGCUCUUAAACGCAGCAUUGAUAUUGGACUGCAUACAGCUCCCACGCCAAAUAUAGGAUUCUCCAAGGCCAUGUCCGGUUUCUUGAUGAUGCUCACACAGAAUGGGAAACUGCUCUACAUUUCCGACAAUGCGGCCGAGUACCUGGGACACUCGAUGGAGGACCUCCUGAUACACGGUGACUCGGUGUACGACAUCAUCGACAAGCAGGACCACGGUGCCAUCCAGUCCGAGCUGGGCCGCGGUGUCCCACAGCACCAAACGAGCCACCACAGUCACCACGGCCAUGCGGCAUCCUCCCAGCUGGACGGCGAGCAGCGGAUAUUCCUCUGCCGGAUGAACGUCAGCCGGAACGCCCGGCGACAGAUGCGAUUCGGCGAUCAGAAGGUCGUCCUAGUGCAGGGACACUACCUCUCGUACCUCCCGCUGUGCAGUCGAAACGAACCGGUGUUCAUUGCAACGUGCACCCCGAUCGCCAUGCCCGAGACCCGGGAGUGCGUCGUCCAGGGGGCAACCAACGUCUUCACCACGAUCCACUCGAUGGACAUGAAGAUCGUACAUAUAGAUAAAAACGGCGAAUUCCAUCUCGGGUACAAUCGCAACGAAUUGCAGGGCAUUUCAUGGUACCAGUUGCUGCACUGGGAAUCGACGCGGGAGGCACAAAGCAAACACCGACUGAUAACCCAAUCGGAGCAGGACCGGUCCUGUAUACUGCUGGUCCGGAUGCAGCGGCGACAAAACGACUUCAUCUGGGUGCACGUGGUGCUACAGGUGCGCGACGGUCAGGACUCGAACCAACAGUCGGUGAUCGUGUGCACGAACCAAGUUUUGAGUGGCCGAGAGGCGGCUGUAAUGCUGUCCAAUUCAUGGUUGUACCACUACUACACCGUCCAAUCCAAAAUGCAAUUUGGGAUCCCCUUCGAGGGAGCCACGCGGAUUCCCCCGAACACUUCGUACUACCAUGGCCACGGCCAUCACUCUCCCAACUCCACUCUACAAGCUCAUGGCUACAUCGCUCCUCCCCAUCACGUAUCCUACGGUUACCAUUCUCCCGUGGGGCAAUCCAGCUCUUCUUCAGGCACCUCCCAUCAUCACCAUAAUGGAACGUCCUCGUCUAUCAUCAGUCAUCACCAUGGUCUAGCGGGAGAACACUAUCGUCCGUACGCCUAUCGUCUCGAUACGCAGCCCGUAGACUACAGCAGUCAACCUCCGAUUAUUCCGGGACAAGUUCGAUGCGAAAGCACUGGCAGUAGUCCAAACAAUCCAACCACCAACGGUGGUCCUGACCGGAACGGGACACCCCCAACCAAAAAGCGAGCCGUUGGCCGAUUAGAACCUAUCUACAUCCCGGAAAACGGGCAAGACUCACCCGACGGAUCCGUAACUGAACUCCAGCCACCAAACCAUUCCAUCAACCACGAGCAUCACGAUAACAGUAACAACACCGCUGGAAUCGCAGGUGGGGGUGCCGGACCCCUAAUUGGAUCCGGUGGUGUCCAAACAAUGACUCUGUCUACCUCCCUGCACACCCGUAGCAGUCGAAUCAUCAAAGCUCCUCCACCGUCCACCAUCACCGAACCGACCGACUUCAUUGACCAGUGGAACCCUAGUCCUCCUUGGUCGGACACCACAGUCCAAAAGGUCCCGGACAUUUCCCAUCAAGAACUAAGUCCCUACAUGACCACAACUCCUCCUACCCCAACCAGUGCACCGCACGUCACCGGAGUCCCCACCACCUUCUCCUUCGACUGGAUGCCGGAACAGUUCGUCCCCAUCAUGACCGACUGCCCUCCACAUCCGCACCCACUCUCCUGUACCCUCACCCAAGACGGAAUUCCCGUGCCAAUGUCCCUUCCGAUGCCAGUGCCACUACAGAUCCCUCCUCCACCGUGGCCAUCGGAUCAUCGCCUAUUAGCCCUGGAAGGCGGCGGAUCAUCCUCCACCAACCAGCAGGUAGAUCGUAAACCUGCCGAAGAGCAGCAAGCCCAUCAGCAGCAGCACCUCCACCACCACCAUCACCACCUUCAUCAGCAAGCAGCAGGUUCGUCGGCUUCCUCCUCGUCCUCGUCGGCCGCCACGCUGGACAGCCAUCGGGAACUCAAGCGAUCUCACUAAAAAAAGAAUCAAACAGUAUUCUUUCAACACACGUUUUGUUUGAACAUUCGUUGAACAUCGAAUCCCAGUAUCAGUAUUUCACUUAUAGUAUUCCUAUCGAGGUACAAAUCGCCCAGAAGCGUUUUAAUUCGUAGGUAGUGUUGCAGAGGCUGUACGCCAAGUAGCAAUUUGUUUGUUUGUAUUUAGUGUAAAUUUUAAGAACAGUAUAUUUCCUAUUCCUGUGUAGAUAAAGACCAACCUCCGGGUGGUCCCUCCCUAGUUGCAAUGUAGAUGUGCAAUCCUGUAAUUAGAUGCGAGAAAAAAAAGUUGUGUCCUAAACUGGUCCGCCAUCGAAAUGGUGGACGAUGACGUUAAACGUGCAUUUCUUCUUCCAUUUUUGCGAUUCCUUCGGUAGUGCCUAUUUAUUUACCAACAGUAUUCUUUUAUUAUUUAUUUAUUAUCGAUGCAUGUCCACAGUGAGCAUGACUUUACUCUGUGAAUAAAUUUAUCGUUUU